AGAUAUGAUGUGGAUCUCAACUUGCAUACAAAUUUCCUACACAGAUUCUUCGCUUACAUAUGACGCCAACUCAAUUUCUCUCUCUAAUUUUUCCCAUCUUCUCAUAUCAAAUUCCUUCGGCGCCGAACGCCAAAAAUUGCAGAUUAAUUUUCCUAUUUUGUAAAUCUCUGUAAUACAUUAACCCAGAGAGGCAAAACUUCUUCUGCCGUUCUCAAUUUCAGUUAUAGGCAGCGAAGAUGUCAACGCCAGCGAGGAAGCGAUUGAUGAGGGAUUUCAAGCGGUUGCAGCAAGAUCCUCCUGCUGGCAUCAGUGGGGCGCCCUAUGAUAAUAACAUUAUGCUCUGGAACGCUGUAAUAUUUGGCCCAGAUGAUACUCCUUGGGAUGGAGGCACGUUUAAGCUGACUCUUCAGUUCAGUGAGGAUUACCCAAAUAAGCCUCCAACUGUUCGGUUUAUAUCCCGAAUGUUUCAUCCCAAUAUUUAUGCAGAUGGAAGCAUUUGCUUGGAUAUUUUGCAAAAUCAGUGGAGUCCUAUAUAUGAUGUAGCCGCUAUACUUACAUCUAUCCAGUCGUUGCUUUGUGAUCCAAAUCCAAAUUCACCGGCAAACUCUGAAGCUGCAAGGUUGUUUAGUGAGAACAAACGUGAAUACAACAGGAAGGUGCGUGAAAUUGUGGAACAGAGUUGGACAGCUGACUAAUAAUGCUAUCCCAAGUGUGUAUUACACAGGAGAAGGUAAUUGAUGAGCUGAGUUUCCAAUCCCUUCUCCUGGUAGAUGAUGUUCGUCUGUUUUACUUUCUACAUUUUCUAAGCUAGCAACUUCCAUAAAUAUUGUUAUGAAUGAUCGUUUUACAUGCUUAUUUUGACUAUGAACCGUCUUUAUCUUUGUUUUGAUGCUCCUGGAGAGUUUAUGUACAUAAACCAUAUCUUGUACUGGAUUUGCAUGGGAUCAUAUGGAACUAUAAGUUUGUCCAUUAA